AUGUGGAAUGCUAAACCUCACGUCGAUCACCGACAUUUGUCCUGUGCACCAAAACAACAAAGUCGGAUAGAUUUAUGGAAUCAUUGUGACUACGACUUCAUGAAUAAGAAAGAGACAAAUUCAUCGUCUGCAAAAAACGGGCCUAUCACACAAAGCGCUAUCCAACUAAAUUGUUAUGAUAAUAUGCCGACUCGUGGUCCUAGCCCUCAGAGAACUCCAGAACAAUUCUAUGUCCGUUGCAUCCCUGAUACAUCUCUGUCCAGGCGAACUUCGCGAAAACAAUGUGUACACCCCACAGAGCUAUUGCAACAUCGAUCUAUGAUUGAACUCGAUACAUCUCUAAGGUACAGCCCUACAGGAGAUCCUGCGACGUGUACUAAGAAAAACAUGUGCUCAGAGGUCCAAUCGUUCCAAUGGCUCUGCCGCCAGUCCCCGUCUGUUGGGUCGCCAGGAUCUUCUGCCCCAAUGAAUUCUGGAUUCAUACGUUUCACUAUUCAGGACUUAAUUCAACAAGAAAGUUGCAUGAAUCCUUUCAGUUUCCCACUUGAUCAACCAUCUCGUUUAGUUCGUAUUGAAUGUCGUAAACUGGGAUGCCGGUGUGUACUAAAAAAUGAAUAUGCUUUAGCCUUAAAAAUAGUACCCAAUGUAACAAUGGUUCAGGGCAAUUGGAUUUUACCCAAAUCAACUGUGAACCAAGUUUCCAAAAGUCAUCGUUUGAUCAACAACCCAUGGUCGCAUCAAAAUCGUACUGGAACAGGAUCUGUGAUAUAUCCACUACCUGGUACGUUGUCCCACUCAUCUGAGGGAUCUGGUAUUAUCCCCGCCCCUGUUAUACUCACCACUGUUUGUCCAUCUUGGUUUGAAAUAAUCCAUAAAACGAGGAGUGGACCCACUGAUGUGAGCAAUGGUCUCUCUCAGGAUGUCCCUGUAUGGUCAACCGGUAAAGCGUUGUGGCGUGCAAGACCAAAAUAUUUCCUCAUCCGCAAACCCACACAAUGCAUGUUUGCCGCGCCCAAACAAGCCUUUAUUCAGCACUCCUCAGAUGCAGUCAAACAAGAUCAGCUAGUAUUAAAUAUCAACGCUGAUAAUGUGGUAAGCCUAAGGGCAGGAACUGUGCUUCACUUGCUGGGCUGUCGUCUAACCCGUCUGGUUCAUCAGACGCCCGUGUAUUCGGAGGCGAGCAACAAUAGUUUUCACUCCCCCGCAUCAUUCAUGGGGCGUCCACGAACAAAAACUAUUUCCAUGCUUCAGUGCGCAAUUGUGGGAGAUAAGGCACUAGCCGAUCUAGCUUCUGUUGCAGUGGAUUUACCCGCAGAAGAUGCUCUACACUGGUUUACUGAUGGCCCCAGAUUGGUAUACAUACCACUGGAUUCAAAAUCUCUUUCCUGCACACCUGUGGCUGUGAAAAAAACAGUGAGAGCAGGUGACUGUACAGGAAAGAAGCAGUGCGACUCGGGCGUAUUCAGUCUUAUUUCACUACUCACCGAUUAUCGAUUGCCCCUUCUUCUUCGGCCUGUUUCCGCACUGCGUCCUAACGAGUGGUCCAAUGGAGAGCGUGGGAUUAAUUUUUCGCUUGACUCUGAUCGAAGCGUCAAGCAUCCCCUACUGCAAAUUACAUCUUGUUAUCAUGGUGACCUGAUAUUUCUAGAACCCAUUUUCGAGUGCCAAAAUCCAGCUCCAUCUGUUAGCUUCCGGUCAACUGACUACCCGUGUGCCAAAACCGGUAAGGCUAACAAUGCAAGCCGCUUCUUUGUUGUGACGCCGGAUAUGCUCUGUCAGCACAAUUUUUUUGUUGCAGAAUCAUCCACAGUUGCUCAGCACGAACGGGAAUUGGAAACACACGCCUCUAGGGUGGCCUACUUUUUAGCCGCAUGUCAUCCCGCCCAAGGUCUGAGUUACCUGCUGAAGCAUCUAGAAGACAUAACCCAGUCGUCAAACACUGGCCCUUCUCAUGUACCACUAACUCGCACGCUCGGACCACUUAGUCGCUAUUCCAGAUAUGCUGAUAUGCAAUCCACCAUUGCAAGUCUAUCGGCAACUGCUGCUCUGGCAACUGAUGACUCAACAGAAUUUACAAACACUUCAGUGUAUAGCUCUGAACUUCAGAGUGAAUCAUGUUUGACCAAAAACCUAUCUAGCUCAUCUCUUGCUUUUAGUGGACAGUAUCCAUCCUCUGUGAGCUUGCUGGGAUCUGGGAUUGGUCAGACACGUUCAAGUUUGUCUUCCUCGUUGCUAGCUAGUGAAGAACAUCAAAUGAAUGCCUUAUGUGACGAAAUUGAGGAUAUUUACUACUAUGUUCGAAAUGGUCGAUUCCCGACGCAGUCUAGGUCGAUGACCUCUUUGGCCCAUCACCAUGCAACAUCACCACUGCAAGCGGAACGUAUACCACAAACAUCUGCCCCAAUAUCGCCGCAAGCUUAUCCGUCUGUCAGUGGUCGCAUGCAUUAUGGUCGCGUGCAAAAGCGAUCUCCAAAAUCUGGACGUCAAUCUAUUAAUAAUGGCACUGAAGUGGAACAAAUUUAUGCAUCAGUCCCGCAAAUCUGGAAAAAACCAAUGUUAUUAGUACCUAAUAGCAAAGACGAGAGUGGCCUGAGAAGUACACAUAUGAUAACUCAUGAAGCGUCGUCUAGCAGGAAUCGACAAAGAUAUUGCGCAGAUAUGAAUGGGGAUAACGCCGGUCGAUUUGAGACGGAGCCAAAACCAAUCUGCGACCCAUUGGCGAAUAAAGAAAGCGGAGUGUUCAUGUCAGUGCCACGUCCCGUUACUCGGUGUUAUGUACCGGUGCAACAUAAUUUGGUACAAUCAGCUGGAGGAAAAUUUCCUCAUGCAAGUUCAAAGUUAUACACAAACAAGAAGGUUUUGAACAUGUCAGUUUCUAAUGGAAAACCAGAAUCACGCGUCACAGCUACCAUUAAGGCUGAGGGAUCACAGAACCAGUGUAUAAGGGCAGAAACAUCAUCACAAACACGUGCCCAGACAACCUUCGCUACUGCUGAUGGAAUGCAACCCCAGGUUGUCAGAAUGGUCCCAGCAUCUCCAACCCGAGGAAUCCCACCGAUUGUGUUCCGAUCAGCUGAUCUGUUGUCAUCUAGUAGACAAACUGGGAGUCAACAAUCUAUCUGCAACCCUAGUUCUUGUAAAAUUCCAGAAGACUUUCACCCCUUAGCCCCAGACGCAUCAUUUUCAAAUGCACAAUCACAGUUAAAAAUGGUGCACUCAAUGAACGAAACAUCGAAUAUUAUCCGGCGUUUUCCCACGGAUUCUACUCUAUUCUGUUCCUCGACAUCGGCGCAACGACAAAGUCUGGGGAACUUUAAUGAUGCAAAAGUUGCUCCUUUGGUAAACUCUGUUCAGCUGAUCGGUUCACGACAAUCAAAGGAGUAUGACAGUGGCCUGAGUGAGCAGAGACAAGGAUGCAAUGCACUGGGAUAUCACUUACCAUCUGCAGAGUUAAACUCUCGGAGAACUCGGAAUAUCCACUCUUCUCAACAGAACACAACACUCGAUUCAGUGGCAUGCAGUAAUUACGGUAAACAACCAACAGCUCUCAGCAAUUCAGUCGAAUUCUGUGAACGGUUUUGCACAGAUAUGUGUUCUCGGAAAGACAUUAUUCUUCCCCCUCAGGAUGCAAAUCGGUCACACAAUCAUAAGUCUUCCUCAAAAGGUCCCGUAACCCCAACAAAAUCGGUGUUUUUCAGCGAAUACUCUAGCUGGCACAGUUUUCGACCUAUUCCUAUGGAGCUUAGUCGACGUCAAAUGCCACGGGAAUUCGACGAAACGGUGUGCAUUAAUGACUCUGGCUCACGUUCACUUCAGUUCUUAGGAGCUUCACAGCACAUCGAGUUAUCUAACUCUUCGCCAGAUACUGGAAUCGGCGUCGACAGUGGGAUAGAUGUGACUAUAUCACACACACCAGUUGUGCCAACAAGAUAUUUCAGCCGUGGAAACUGGAUUCCAAACAACUUUCAAGUAAACCCCAAGGAACAAUCCGGUGCUAGGUUACAUGGUUCCCCUUCCCAGUAUUAG